UUUUGUGUUAAUAUAUAACUUCCUUUUAUCCAACUUACAGCUUACUUUGAGAAAUAUUUUCGCAUUCCAUAUUUUUAUUAUAAUUAUCAAAUUUAUUGAAUUUGAAAUAAUUUUUCUCAUUCAAUAUGUGAUUUUUUUUCAAGUUUCAAAUCUAAUCAAAAAAUUUUAAAACAGUUAAAAAUCGUGCGGCAAAUUUUUCUCUCAAAAAGUGGCAGUUUUCAAAAAUCAACACAACAACAACAGCAGGGGCCGCAUUUAGAAUUCAAUUGAUUUUUUUUUUUUAUUAAAAUAAAAAAGUAUAUAUCGAUAGCAAUAAAAUAAUGAUUUACUCUUGACUGUUUUUAUUUUAUUAGGAAUUUCAUAUUAUAAAGCAAAUGUGCCAAAAGUAACUUUAAAUUGAACUUAGUAAUAUGCCACAUUCUGCUUUUUAAGUAUGGCGAAUCAUUACGACAUACCCUCUUGGGCUGGAAAACCACCAGUUGGUCUUCAUCUUGAUGUUUUAAAAAUUGAUAAGCUGAUUCAGAAAUUGAUGAUUGAUGAGAAAAAGUGCUAUUUGUUUGGUCGCAAUCCUGAGCUAAAUGAUUUUUGUAUUGAUCAUGCCUCUUGUUCAAGGGUACAUGCAGCUCUAGUUUACCAUAAGCAUCUGAACCGUACCUUUUUAGUAGAUCUUGGAAGUACUCAUGGUACUUAUAUUGGAAGCAUUAGACUGGAAGCUAAUAAACCGACACAACUUCCUGUCGAUAGUAAAUUUCACUUUGGGGCUUCAACAAGAAUCUACAUUUUAAGGGAGAGACCUCAAAAAGCUGGUCGUUCUACAUCGGAGGAUUUAGAGAAAAAGUCAGAAGAAUUAGAAGGUGGUCUUUUAGGCUUACCAGAGACAGAAACUGAGCUUGAUAAUCUUACAGAGUUCAAUACUGCACAUAAUAGAAGAAUAACCAUGUUAGGCAUUACAGAUGAAGAAAUGAAGCAUCCCAAUCGAAAGCGCAGCCGAAACACUGUCAGGUUUAGUUACGAAGAAGAAAUUAUUAACCCAGAGGAUAUCGACCCAACUGUGGGACGUUUUAGGAACUUAGUGCAGUCAGCUAUCAUCCCUAAUAAAAGACAAAGAGAAGAAUCUGCAAAUUUGUUUGGCACAAGUCUAAUAUCUCAUCCAGCCAAAAGAAUGGCACAAUCAUUACAUACUGCCGGAGAGCACCAUCGUGCUGAUUCACUUUACGGUCCAAUCAGUCCUUUGUUUGCACCAUCUCUUUCUGUUAAACUUGGAUUGCACUUGCCAAAUCCAGCACCUGACAUUGACUUGGAACCAUUAGAAGUGGCUCCCGACUAUGCAAUGACAGUAGCCAAUCCAAACGUUGCCAAUGAAACAAACUUAUCUCAAGAACCUAAGAAGAAGAAAUAUGCUAAAGAAGCUUGGCCUGGGAAAAAACCAGUGCCUUCUCUACUGGUGUGAAAUAAUUUUUUGCAAUAAAUUUAAAUAGCUGAGAAAUGAGGGUAUGGCUUACGUGAGUUUGCUUCUAAGUUCAAGACUAAGAAAUCGUUGUUUACGAGGGACAUUCUAGUAAAACAUUGCUUUCUAAACUUUAUGUAUUAAUUGUGAUGAAAUAAUUUAUGCAUUAUCUUUUUUUCUGUAGUACCUCUGCCAAUGCAGUAUUUUGUCAAUUCUUAGAAUGCGCCUGGCAAGAAAACCAUCUUUGCUACUUAAAAGUUUUCUCCAAAAAAUAUUUGUUUUCUCUCUCUAACGGAAAGUUAAUUGACGAUGUAAAGUUAUAUUUGGAAUUUUCUUAUCUUGUGCAACUCUUUGUUGCAAGGUAACACCUCUACAUUGCCAUGGCUUUUUUCUGGUGAAAAUUAUCUGAAAAACAGCGAUACUGCCUUUUUUUAAUUUCCUUUCCCUUUUUUAAUGUCCUUUUUCCUUAAACAAUACUUCUCUCUUCUAAAUGGAUCUAAAAUGCUCGUUUAAUUGCAAAUUGAAUCUUAUUUACACAGCUUUCAUACUCUAAACAUUAUAACGGAUUCAAAAGUAAUAAUAAAUAUUUAGCCUACAUGGAUGCUAGUCAACUAAUUUAAUGUGUUUGUAAUUUAAUUUGUUAUAUGUUCUAAAAUAUAAGAAAAAAAUUAAUAUGGAUUCAGAAGUCUAUUUUCUAGAAAGAGGAACUACAUGAAAAAAAUAAUGAUUAAGUUAUUUCACUAUGAUAAAUACUGUUUAGCUGACUAAAUCAUUGUUAUAUUUGAGCAUCCCUCAUUGUCAAAAAAUUCAUCUGAAGAAUUUCGUGUAAGAGUUCAUUGUAGAUUUUAAACAACAUUUUAUAAAAUAUAUUCUAACAGCAAAUAAAAAUUCCUUUUCAUAAUAAAAUAA